AUGGAAAAGCAAAAGCCUUUUAAAUUGUUCGUACCACCAAGAUUAAGUAGCAGUCAAGUAUCUGCAGUGAAACCUCAGAAUUUGGGAGGAGAUUCUAAUUUCUUCAAGAGUUUCAACAAAUGUAUUGAAGAUGAUUUUGGCUUUCCAUUUGCAAUGACUAAUCUCUCCAAAAAUGGGGAAAACGUUGAUUCAGAUCCUGCUUUACAAAAAGUUAAGGUUUUGCCCAUGCUUGAACAGGUUGAUAACUCUGACAGUUGUCACUACCAGGAAGGACUAAAAGACUCUGAUUUUGAGAAUUCAGAGCCAAUGAGCAGACUGUAUUCAAAACUGUAUAAGGAGGCUGAAAAGAUCAAGAAGUGGAAAGUGAAUAUAGAAUUUGAAUUGAAGCAGAAAGAAAAUAAGUUGCAAGAAAAUAGAAAGAUAAUUGAAGCACAGCGGAAAGCCAUUCAAGAACUACAGUUUGAAAAUGAAAAAGUAAGUUUGAAAUUAGAAGAAGGAAUUCAAGAAAAUAAAGAUUUAAUAAAAGAGAAUAAUGCUACAAGGCAUUUAUGCAAUUUACUCAAAGAAACCUGUGCCAGAUCUGCAGAAAAGACAAAGAAAUAUGAAUAUGAACGGGAAGAAACUAGGCAAGUAUAUGUGGAUCUAAAUAAUAACAUUGAGAAAAUGAUAAUAGCUUUUGAGGAACUUCGUGGGCAAGCUGAGAAUUCCAGAUUGGAAAUGCAUUUUAAAUUAAAGGAAGAUCAUGAAAAAUUCCAACACCUUGAAGAGGAAUAUAAGAAGGAAGUACAUGACAAGGAAAAGCAGGUAUCACUACUAUUGCUCCAAAAUACUGAGAAAGAAAAUGAAAUGAAAAAUUUGGUAUUUCUGCUGGAGGAAUCCAGAGAUAAAGUUAAUCGAUUAGAGGAAAAGACAAAAUUACAGAAUGAAAACUUAAAAGAAUCAAAUGAGAAGCAGGAUCAUUUGACAUCAGAACUAGAAGAUACUAAAAUGUCUUUGCAAAGAAGUGUGAUUACUCAGAAGGCUUUAGAGGAAGAUUUACAGGUAGCAACAAAAAAAAUAUAUCAGCUCACUGGAGAAAAAGAAACUCAGAUGGAAGAAUUUAAUAAAGCUAAAGCUGCUCAUUCAUUUGUGGUUACUGAACUUAAAACUUCUGUCUGCAGCUUGAAAGAAUUAUUGACAACAGAACAGCAAAGAUUGGAAAAAAGUGAAGAUCAAUUGAAAAUACUUACCAUGAAGCUUCAGCAGAAAUCAAGUGAACUCGAAGAGAUGACUAAGCUUAAAAAUAACAAAGAAGUAGAACUUGAAGAAUUGAAGAAAAUCUUGGUAGAAAACCAAAAGCUUUUAGAUGAAAAGAAACAAUUUGAGAAGAUUGCUGAAGAAUUAAAAGGAACACAGCAAGAACUGACUGGUCUUCUCCACACCAGAGAGAGAAAAGUGCAUGAUUUGGAAGUACAGUUAACUGCCAUUGUGACAAGUGAGCAACAUUAUUCCAGACAGGUUAAAGAGCUGAAAACUGAACUUGAAAAUGAGAAGCUUAAGACUACUGAACUAAAUGCAAGCUGCAACAGGCUUUCACUGGCGAACAAAAAAUUAGCACAAGAAACAAGUGAAAUGGCCCUAGAACUCAAGAAACAGCAAGAAGAUACUGAUAAUAGCAAAAAGAAAGAAGAACGGAUGUUGAAACAAAUAGAAAAUAUGGAAAAAACUGAAACACAAUUAAGGAAUGACCUGGAAUCUGUGCGAGAAGAACUAAAGCAGAAAGGAGAUGAAGUUAAAUGUAAAUUGGACAAGAGCGAAGAAAAUUGUAACAAUUUAAGGAAACAAGUUGAAAAUAAAAGCAAGUGUAUUGAAGAACUCCAGCAAGAGAACAAGGCCUUAAAAAAAAAGGGUACAGCAGAAAGCAAGCAACUGAAUAUUUAUGAGAUAAAGGUCAAUAAAUUAGAGUUAGAACUAGAAGUUGCCAAACAAAAAUUUAAAGAAAUGACUGACAUCUAUCAAAAAGAAAUUAAAGACAAAACGAUAUCAGAAGAAAAUCUUUUGGAAGAGGUUGAGAAAGCAAAAGUAAUAGCUGAUGAAGCAGUAAAAUUACAGAAAGAAAUUGAUAAGCGAUGUCAACAUAAAAUAGCUGAAAUGGUAGCACUUAUGGAAAAACAUAAGCACCAAUAUGAUAAAAUAGUUGAAGAAAGAGACGCAGAAUUAGGACUUUAUAAAAGCAAAGAACAAGAACAGUCAUCAAUGAAGGCAUCUUUGGAAAAACUCAAAAAAGAGACCAAAGAAAACACAGUUCUUCUCAAAGAAAAAAAAGACAAGAAAACACAGACAUCUCUGUUGGAAACACCUGAAACUCAUUAUUGGAAGUUUGAUUCUAAAGUAGCUCCUUCACAAAAUAUAUCCAGAAACAUCACAUCAGCGGACAAUGGCAAAUCCAGAGACAAAAGAGACUAUUUGUGGACAUCUGCCAAAAGUACUUUAUCCACACCAUUGCCAAAGGCAUAUACUGUGAAGACACCAACGAAACUAAAAAUUCAGCAGAGAGAAAGCAAGAAUAUACCUACCGAAGAAAGUAAUAAAAAAAGAAAAAUGGUCUUUGAGUUUGAUAUUAACUCGGAUAGUUCAGAAACUACUGAUCUUUUGGGCAUGGUAGCAGAAGAAGAGACAUCGAAAAAACUGUACAAGACUAAUAAUCCACCAACUCCUCAUCUUUGUGUCAGAACACCAAAACAGACCCCUUCAUCUCUAACAACCCCUGGAUCUACACUGAAGUUUGGAGCUAUGAGGAAAAUGAGGGAAGAUCGUUGGGCUGUAAUUGCCAAAAUGGAUAGGAAAAAAAAACUAAAGGAUGCAGAAAAGCUAUUUGCUUAA